AUGGUUUUUUCAAAAGGACACAAUACCCCAUGGUCAAUCCAUGAACAAAGGAUGCUGUUAGAGCAGUUUCUUGUCAGUCCUGAUUGGCCUUCGCGGUGUUCUGAGAUGUGCAAGGAGUUUUGCGACUCACGGAGUCGUGGCUUCUUCACUCCAAAGAGCUGCCAAACAGAAUUUGACAGGAUACUGCAAACGCCGUGUCCUGGACACCGAGCUUCUGCUUCAUCUACUACCACCUUUUCACGUAAAGCAUUAGUUGAUAGCUGGAUAACAUACAUGGACAGCAAGAUCGAGAAAGAAGACGAAAAAACCUUCGAAUUGGAGUUAGUUGAACUGAGGAAAAAAUCAUCAAUUAUCGAACGGUUAAUAGGGAACAGUGGGAGUAGUUAUUCCAACAGUGAAGUUGAAGAUCUGCUCCAUGAAGCGAGAGUUAACGAUGCGAAGGUGUCGGAUCAGCAUCAGCUUUGUCAUGUAGUCAACUCAUAUAUGCACAGAUUGAAAGAAGUUAUGAAUAACUGCAAUCUGAAAGAAGAAGAAGGAAAUACCGAAGAUUCUGAUGGUUCCGCAAGACCUGUCUCUCUAAAUGAUCUAACAGCAUUAGAUGAAACCUCUACGUCACCAGCAAGAUCACCUCUCAAAUCUCCCAUAAGAGCUAUUGCGGAUGUUUAUCGAGAACAUAUGUCUCCUUCUAUGGAUCAACCAUCAUUCGCUUCCUCUAAUACCUUUAACAACGAUCCUAUGACUAACUCUAAUAUUGUGAAAGAUGUUUCUAGUUCUCAAGACUCACUUCUUAAAGAAAAAACCACUAGCUCCGACAAAUCUCUCAGGAGAAAGGGGAAGAAAGAACCAAAAGAGGAAACAGAUGUUGUAGCUUCAGAAGAAUCACAUUCGAAAACUGCUAAGGAAGGAAAUAAGAGAAAGCCAUCUCGCACUGAAGCUCUCGACGACAUUCUUGUUGAAAACAGUCCUGCCGGAAAUAGACGAUCAUCCAGAAGAGGUGUUGUCGAUUCACCCCUGAUAUCCAGCCGUUCGAAGAAGGGAAAGAACAAUGAUUCUGAUUCAGUUGACCUAGAAGAUAGAAAAAUGAAUGAAUACAGUCAUGACCGAGUUCCUUCUGAAACUCCGUCCACUCAGUCUGUUCCCACUUCGGAAAUUCCCGAAGUACCUGCAUUCACUGAAGUUGGAACUAUGACAGAGAUUUCUAUCCAGGGAUCUCUAUGGAACCACCAAGAGAAAAAGGACAGCCGGAGAUCAGCGGCUUCACGUAAAUCCACCCGUAGAUCAGAAGUGACAAUUGAAGAGAAAGCAUCUGGUUCAAAUGGUGAGGUGGGAGUGCAAACCAAAAAGAUUGAAUUUGAAAAGGACGAUAAGGUUAUUGUGUCCUGGAAUACGAGUGAACGCUUCUUCGUAAGGACAGUCGGGAUAGAGGGCAAAAAAUUGAAAGAAGAAGACUGGAGCGAUGACGACGAUGACGCUCUGGCAACUUUAGCUAAAAAAGCCGCUAGUGCUUCAGUUGAAGAUGAUGAAGACGAGAAAAAAGGCAAACAAGAUUCUAAAAAGGAUAUCUUCGUUCUUUAUGACACAGAUGAAUGGCUCGCCAGAUUGUUAUUGUUAAAAGCAAAUCAUAAAUUGGAUGAUGGAAAACUGAGUUUCUCUCCUUCUAAACGACCCAGAAAAGAAGAGAAGGGUAAAGAUGACAAUGUGUCCACAAAGGCUUAUCUAUUGAAUAUAUGGAGAAUUGUAUGUAACCACAAACACUCGGGAAUAUUCUCACACCCUGUCAAUGAGAAAGAAGCACCCGGAUAUAGCGAUGCUAUUAAACAGAAAAUGGAUUUGAGCACUUUAAAAAAAGAAAUAGAAAGCGGUCAGGUUUCGAACCUACUCCAACUGAAAAUGAAACUAGCUUUGAUGUUCGCUAACGCCAUCAUGUUUAACAGUACUGGUCAUGAUGUGAACACUUAUGCUCAGGAAAUGGCGAAAGAAACUAUGGAUGAGUUAUGUCGGCUGGGAAACUUAAACAGAAAACUUCCACUAGGACCUUCCCGACGUAGUCGAGUUCAUGAAGAAAUUGUGACAAAAUUUGCUCCCAAAUCACGGACUCUGGCUAUUACUGAAGCACCAACUGGUAAGGUCAGGCAAAUUUUUUCGAGAAAGCCAACAAUAUACGAAACAAGACGUGUUCUUCCUUGA